AUGGCAGACAAGGUCAAAAUCGCCUCAGGAUUCCUACUGGACUCGCCUCCAGGAGAAGUCAAUGAUGUAUUCAAUGAUAUACGGACAUUGGUGGCCGACGACGCAUCAUUACAAAAGGGAAUAGGAUCUGCAUUCGAACAAUACAAUACCGAACAAUAUACUACUGUCUCUGUUCCUGGCAUUGACCAUCCUGUGAUUAUAUCUGUACAUGCACAAGUAUCUCCUGGCGUAUACCAAGACCCUCGAUCAGGCCACUCGUUUACUUUUGAUCAUACGGUAGAAGGCGUCACGAAAGAAUCUCAUGACGGAAACCCUCACAGGAUUGCCAUGGAUGACGCAAUCCAACAAUACGUAUCACAACACUACCCGGAAGGUGCCUCGGCCGUGUACCUCGUCAACAAUACGCUGCAUAUCGUUAUCGUUGAUUCAAAGUACAAUGCCAACAAUUUCUGGAACGGAAGAUGGCGCUCAUACUAUACGAUUCCAGUUACAGGUGGUGACUUGAAGGGUACCGUGAAACUACAAGUACAUUAUUAUGAAGAUGGGAAUGUGCAAUUGAAUACGAGUAAGGAUGUUACUGGUGUUGUGGGGGCUGCUAGCGACGCAUCAACAUUGGCAUCAUCCACCAUCAAACAAAUCCUGAAAAUCGAAAACGACUUUCAAACAUACUUGAAUGAAAGUUAUGCUCAGUUAUCAGACAAUACUUUCAAGGCUUUACGUCGUGCUCUACCUGUCACGCGUAAUCGUAUUGACUGGAAUGCAAUUGGAAGUUAUCGUAUUGGAUCAGAGAUUACUGCGUCUGCUGGUGGUGCCAAAUAA